CAUUUUGUGUGUCCGUGUCCGGUGACAGCAGAAUCCGGCGGUGCUCGGCCCGGUGUUCGGACAUGGCGCUCCGCAUAGUGAAAGGCAGCAUCGAUCGCAUGUUCGAUAAGAACCUGCAGGACCUGGUGCGGGGGAUCCGGAACCACAAGGAGGAUGAGGCAAAGUACAUCUCUCAUUGCAUCGAUGAGAUCAAACAGGAACUAAAGCAGGAUAAUAUAGCGGUGAAAGCCAAUGCUGUCUGCAAGCUGACAUACUUACAAAUGCUGGGCUACGAUAUUAGUUGGGCUGCCUUCAAUAUUAUCGAAGUGAUGAGCGCCUCCAAGUUCACAUUUAAAAGGAUUGGUUAUUUAGCUGCGUCUCAGUGCUUUCAUGAAGCGACAGAUGUCAUCAUGCUGACCACAAACCAAAUUAGGAAGGACCUGAGCAGCCCCAACCAGUAUGAUACAGGUGUGGCCCUCACCGGUUUGUCCUGUUUCGUCACUCCUGAUCUGGCCAGGGACUUGGCUAAUGACAUUAUGACUCUGAUGUCCCACACAAAGCCUUACAUAAGAAAAAAAUCAGUUCUGAUUAUGUACAAAGUUUUCCUGAAAUACCCCGAGUCCCUUCGUCCAGCCUUCCCACGCCUUAAAGAGAAGCUGGAAGACCCUGAUCCAGGGGUGCAGUCUGCAGCUGUAAAUGUCAUCUGUGAACUUGCCCGCCGGAACCCUAAAAACUACCUGUCACUGGCCCCACUAUUUUUCAAGCUGAUGACCUCAUCGACCAACAACUGGGUUCUCAUUAAAAUAAUCAAGCUGUUUGGGGCACUUACUCCCUUGGAGCCGAGGUUGGGGAAGAAACUGAUUGAACCUCUCACAAACCUGAUACACAGCACGUCUGCAAUGUCUCUCCUGUAUGAAUGUGUGAAUACCGUUAUAGUAGUUUUGAUCUCGCUGUCAUCAGGAAUGCCCAACCACAGCGCCAGUAUUCAGCUGUGUGUGCAGAAGUUACGAAUUCUGAUUGAAGAUUCUGACCAAAAUUUAAAGUAUCUGGGCUUACUAGCUAUGUCCAAGAUCCUGAAGACUCACCCGAAGUCUGUCCAGUCUCACAAGGAUCUGAUCUUGCAGUGUUUGGAUGACAAGGAUGAGUCAAUCAGGCUUCGAGCAUUGGAUUUGUUGUAUGGAAUGGUGUCCAAGAAGAACCUGAUGGAAAUUGUUAAAAAGUUGAUGAUCCACGUUGACAAAGCAGAAGGCACUGCCUACAGGGACGAGUUACUCACCAAGAUCAUUGACAUCUGCAGUCAGUCUAACUACCAGUACAUCACUAACUUUGAAUGGUACAUAAGCAUUCUUGUGGAGCUGACGCGUCUGGAAGGGACUCGCCACGGCCAUUUAAUUGCGGCUCAGAUGCUGGAUGUGGCUAUCCGAGUGAAAGCCAUCCGCAUGUUUGCGGUGUCUCAGAUGGCCACACUGCUGGACAACGCACAUCUACUCGCCAGCAAUACACAGCGCAAUGGGAUCUGUGAGGUUCUGUAUGCGGCUGCAUGGAUCUGUGGAGAGUUUGCAGAGGAACUGCCAGAGCCACACCAGACACUGGAGGCAAUGCUGAGGCCGAAAGUUACUACUCUGCCGGGGCACAUCCAAGCGGUGUAUGUGCAGAAUGUAGUUAAACUGUAUUCCUGCAUACUACAGCGUAAGGAGCAGGACGGAGAUCAGGAGGCAGCGCAGCAGAUCACACAACUUAUGAUCGAUCGGCUUCCUCAGUUUGUUCAGAGCGCUGAUCUGGAAGUUCAGGAGAGGGCUUCCUGCAUAUUGCAACUCAUCAAAUACAUUCAGAAGCUGCAGGCUAAAGAUGUCCCCGUGGCGGAGGAGGUGAUGGCUUUGUUUGCAGGAGAAUUAAACCCUGUGGCUCCCAAGGCCCAGAAGAAAGUUCCUGUUCCAGAAGGUUUGGAUUUGGAUACAUGGAUAAACGAGCCCCCGUCAGAUAGCGAAUCUGAAGAUGAAAAACCCAAAGCCAUUUUCCACGAAGAGAAGACGACUCACACAAAGUCAUCUCGGCCGGAGGUUGAUGAGGACGAGUUGGCCAGGAGGCGAGCAGUACGGAAGGAAGAACAAGCAAAUAACCCAUUUUAUAUUAAAAGUUCUCCGUCCCCACAGAAGCUUUAUCAAGAAUCCCCUGGUGUUGAUCAUAUCCCUGUUGUGCAGAUAGAUCUCUCUGUGCCCCUUAAAGUCCCAGGGCUGCCCAUGUCGGACCAGUAUGUAAAGCUUGAAGAAGAACGAAGGUCAAAGCAACGUCAGGAGAAGGACAAGAAGCGCAAGAAAGAAAAAGAUAAGAAAGGUGGAAAAACGAGGCGCCAUCGCUCGUUUCACACAGAGAGUGAUGAAGACAUCACUCCAGCCCAGCAUGUUGAUAUCAUGACCGAGGAGAUGCCAGAGAAUGCCCUGCCCAGUGAUGAUGAUGAUAAGGACCCUAAUGACCCUUACAGAGCCCUGGAUAUAGAUUUGGAUAAACCCCUAGCAGACACAGAGAGACUGCCAGUGCAAAGGCACAGAAAUACAGACGGCCUAAAGUCCCCCGAAAAUGAAGCCAGUACGUUAGACCAAAAGAUCAAGAAAUCCAGCAAGAAGGAGCAUAGGCAACAGGAAACAGAGAAAGUAAAGAAAAAAGAGAAAAAGCAGAAAAGCAAAUCAAAAGAGGAGAAAACCAAACGCAAGAAAUCUACAGCAAGCACAACCAAGGAGGGCGAGGUUCCUGUGAAGGAAGAGGAAGUCAAGGAGGACGAGAAAGCCACCGAAGCUACGUCCGAUGACAUGGAUUUCUGGCUCAAUAACUCUGAGGCACCAGCGCAGUCUCAGAGCGUACCUGAAGCCACUACCAAUAUAGAAGAACCUAAAAAAGAAGAGCUCAUACUAGAAACAAAUGAAGAAGAGAAUGAAAAGAAAUCCCACCGACACAAGAAGAAGCAUAAGAAGGAGAAAGAUGAAGUGAAGGAAGACAAGAAAUCUCGCAAGAAGAAACACCAUCACCACCACCAUCGUCACCACUCACACGAGGAAGAGCAGACCGAAUCUGUGCAAAAUGGAACACUGGAUGAAGAAGAGACUCUGCCGCCAAUGUCCAGUUACAGCACUCUAGCAGAGAAUACAUACAUCAAGAUGAUGUAUGACAUUCAAGGGGAUCUGCAGAAAGAGAGCCAGGUCACUGUUUCUGUCAUCCUUGAGAAUCUGAGUCAGAGCUUCCUGAAGAACAUGGAGAUUAACGUUUUGGACUCCCUCAAUACUAAAAUGAUGAGGCCGGAGGGAUCAACUGUCCAUGAUGGUAUUCCUGUACCUUUUCAAUUGCCACCAGGUGUUUCUAAUGAAGCUAAAUUUGUGUUCACUGUCAAGAGUAUUGUUAUGCCCCAGAAGCUUAAAGGAACAUUGUCUUUCAUAGCAAAGGACGAUGAGGGUUCAUCCCAUGAAAAAUUAGACUUCAAACUGCACUUUAGCUGCUCUUCCUAUUUAAUUAUGACCCCUUGCUACAGUGAUGCGUAUGCCAAGCUGCUGGAAUCAGGAGACCUGAAAAUGAGUUCACUCAUAGUUGAUACCACCACACUAUCCUUCCACCAUCUAUUAGCGAAGAUAUGCUUCUACCACCACUUCACUGUGGUUGAGCGAGUUGACUCGUGUGCGUCUGUGUACAGUCGAUCUAUUCAGGGUCACCAUGUGUGCUUACUGGUGAAAAAGGGGGACAAGUCAAUAUCUAUUGAUGGGAAGUGCAGUGAAGCAUCUCUACUCGGCAACGUUCUCGGCGAGAUCAAAGAAACGCUGACGGAAUCUUGAACAUUAGGAUCUCUCUCUCCUUUUAUCCUCUCUCUAUUCUGCACCUCCUGCAAGAAGCACUCAAACAGAACACAAAGUGAAAAGAUCCAGAAUUACUCAGCAAUUGUUCUGAUCCAAACACGCAUGUUCUAGCUCUGCCUUUUUUUCUGAUGCAGGAGACUUCAAUUUUACUGUUCCCUAAGCGCGGAUUAAUCUCCCCAUCCACACCUCCCAUCCUUUUUAUUUUGUUUUGUCAUUUUUAGACCCUUCAGUGACCAAGAGGAGCUUUCUUAAUGGCAGCGUUGUUCAUUUAACCAUUUUGCUGCCAGUGGUUCUGCCCUCAGACAGUAAAAUUGUUAAUUUUGCGCUUUGUCGAGAUCCAUGCCGUUUACACUAGCUGCCGAGCAUACUUGGCUUUCCUGCAAUACAGAUUAAUGACCUACAGAAAAUCUGUUAGAGAAGCUGUGUGUGAUAAUAAUUUAAACUGCCCGUGUUUGAGUUGUACCGGAGACGCAGACCUUACAAAACAGACCUCUAUCUAGGAAGGGGCAGUGUAUAGUUAAUCCAGAUCAUGAUCGCUAUGGUGAGCCUGUAACGCCCUCAUACCUACAGUUUACCAUGUUGUGCAUGAACUGCUUGUAGGAUAUGACCUUACAGAAUUUCGUUUUCUUUAUUAUUUCCUAUCCCCUUGUUUUGCUCCGUACCCUAACUUUGCAUCCUUUGGGUAGGCUGAUGCCAUGUGCCUCUGAUGGCUUCCUCCAAAAAGUAAGCAGGUCUGAAGACAUUCCUUGCAAAGUAACUUUUACCACCAGAAACUGGAAAUCUCAAUUACUUUCUGCGUGUCUUUGUGUGUUUUUUUGUUGCCCUGUUUUGUGUGUUGCUCCCACUGUACUUCUGAACCAGAGUCCACUUAUUUACAUAUAAAAUAUUCUAGUUUGUGCUGUACAGUCUGGGUACCAUUAAAUGAAACGUUUACCCACUUUUGCAGUUAUAGAGGUAUUCAAGCAUUGUAUUCCUAGGUUUGUUUUAGGCCUUUUUUUUUUUUAAAUUGCAAAAGAUUUCAAGAUUUACAAAUCAUACGGCUACUGGGAAAUCAUAACUGGUGUGUGGUGCCUUACUGUAAUUCCCAAUCAUGUUUUCAAGUGGGCUUAAUCGCACUACAAUGAUGUUUAACCUUUAUUAAAUAUUUUAUUCAGGAAUUAUUAUAUGGGCCGGGUGUCUGAAAAUGCAAAAAGGGACUGAUAUCUCGGUGAAGACAAUGGGCUCCCAUUUCGAUAUUGAGAUCAUUUUUCCAUGCAUUAUUGUCAUUUAAUGCCUCUUAAUACCCAACCUGUUAAAUGCAACAAGAGACUCUUACGGCUGUUUCUCUUACCUUAUAAAGCAGAAAUCUUGAAGUAUGUUGUCAAUCUUGGAUACUUUUAAUUCACUUCAUUUUUAUACACGUUAUAAAAAAAUAGUUACAGGGAGUGAAGACAUGGACGGCAGGUUGUUCACGGAAUACUGUGUUAGAAACACUAAAGUGACACACUAUCCCAAAGAUAAUAGAAGAGACUGACUGCAGUCCAAAUCAACAAGUGCCACUGCAUAUUAGAUGUGAUGUCAGCUUGAUAACCCCCCACUGUCUUUGCGAAGGCAAAGUGCUUAAUGAUGUUUUUCAGAUCUAUUAAAAAGUAUUAGUCUUCAGGGAUUUACACUACUAAAGCUCACAUGCAGAAAACUAUACACAUCUGAAAACGACAUAGGCAGUACGUAGAGCUCUGCUGUAAAUAUUCUUGUAGUGGUCUUCACAUAUUGUACAUCACACAGUGUGUACAAACACUGUUACCUUUCCAAUGCCUGGGUCAGUCACUCAGUCACAUUACACUUUGCAUUUAGGGGGGGCAGUAAACAAUUGUUUUAACUUCAGAUUUUGCCCAUCCUGUUUUCUCGUUGACUCAAACUUGAUCACAAAGUCUGUGUCUAUAUUUAUGUUUUGUUUUGUUUUUUUUGUCCUGACUCUGCCUUGGUUACAUUCGCAUGUAUAAUAUCUUCUUUCCCAAAACCCUGUGUGGUGAAUAUAGAAGUUUCCAGUCUGUAUGUGUUAUAAAUUCGCUAUCGACAUUCCCUUGAAGGACAGAAAAUGGUACCACAGAAGCUGCUGUAUUUGUGUCAAGAUGAUCCACAAUAAAGUAUCAAAAUGGUCAAGA